AUGGCGGCGGCGCUGGCUCCUCCCGCCCCGGCCCCCGACGGAGGUCCGGCCCCGCCGCAGCCGCCGCACGAGAUCAAGAGCCAGUUCCGGACCCGCGAGGGCUCCUACCGGCUGCUGGGCGGACCCGAAAAUGUCGUGCAGCUUCGCCCUCGCUUGAGCCCAGAGAACAUCCGGGUUUCUUUCCUGCUCUUGAUUCCUGCCACUAACCCGCCCUCUUGUUUUCCCCCGAAUUCCCAGUCGAUUGACCUGAAGAAGCCCAUUGACAAGCGGAUCUACAAGGGGACGCAGCCCACUUGCCAUGACUUCAACCAGUUCACAGCCGCUCCAGAAAGCAUUUCACUGCUCGUCGGAUUCUCGGCAGGACAAGUGCAGUGCCUGGAUCUCAUCAAGAAAGAUACCAGCAAGCUUUUCAAUGAGGAGAGGCUGAUCGACAAGACGAAGGUCACCUUCGUGAAGUGGAUCCCCGAGACCGAGUCCCUCUUCCUGGCCUCCCACGCCAGCGGCCACCUGUACCUGUACAACGUGGAGCACCCCUGCGGCUCCGCCUCGCCGCAGUAUACUCUCCUCAAGCAGGGUGAAGGCUUCACGGUCUACGCCUGCAAGAGCAAGAGCACACGCAACCCGCUGCUGAAGUGGGCGGUCGGCGAAGGAGCGCUGAACGAGUUUGCCUUCUCCCCCGACGGCCGCUCCCUGGCCUGCGUCAGCCAGGACGGCUGCUUGCGUGUCUUCCAUUUUGACUCCAUGCUCCUGCAGGGGAUGAUGAAGAGCUACUUCGGGGGCCUGCUCUGUGUGUGUUGGAGCCCGGAUGGGCGCUACAUUGUGACAGGAGGCGAGGACGACCUGGUGACGGUCUGGUCCUUUGCGGAGGGCCGGGUCAUUGCCAGGGGCCAUGGCCACAAGUCCUGGGUCAAUGCAGUGGCCUUCGACCCUUACACCACCAGCACAGAGGAUGAAGAGAGUGGGGAGUUUAGCGGGAGCGACGAGGACAUCCAGGACUCCACGAAUUUCAGCAGGGUGCGCACCAGCAGCACCCUGUCCCACCUCUCCAAGCACAGCACCAAAAGCGCCCCCUCGGUGACGUACCGCUUUGGAUCUGCUGGGCAGGACACCCAGUUCUGCCUUUGGGACCUAACAGAAGACGUCCUGUAUCCUCACCAUCCGCUCUCCCGGGCCCGAACACUCACAAAUACCUUCAGUGCUGGCAUUCCUCCUUCGGGCAGCGGCGGGAGCAACUUGGCGGCCGAGUCCAGCGGGGGUGCCCUUCCUCGCUCCCUGUCCCGCUCCAACAGCCUGCCCCACCCAGCCGUCACCAGCGCCACCAAGAGCCACGUGGCCGACGGCACGGUGCCCUUCAGCAUCGGCAAGUUUGCCACGCUCACCCUGCAGGAGCGCAAGGACAAGAACGCAGAGAAGGAGCACAAGCGCUACCACAGCUUGGGCAACAUCAGCAAGAGCAGCGACAAGCUCAACGUGGUGCCCAGGAGCAAGCUGGACACGGCCAAGGUGCUGGGCACCGCCCUGUGCCCCCGCAUCCACGAAGUGCCCCUCCUGGAGCCCCUGGUCUGCAAGAAGAUCGCCCACGAGAGGCUGACGGUGCUGCUCUUCCUGGAGGACUGCAUCAUCACCGCUUGCCAGGAGGGACUCAUCUGCACCUGGGCCAGGCCAGGGAAGGCGACGCUGAACUCCCAGAACGGUGGUUCUCCGAGCGGCACAGUAGUCUGACCGGCACUGGCGCGCAGUCAGCUGAUCAGCCAGCGGGCCCCUCGGGCGCCUCGCCUCGCUGAGGCGCUCGGGCCAAGAUGGCGAACCUGCCUGCCUCUUCGGCAUCUGCUAUGUACAGGUGGUCCCCUCCCUCCCUCGCCUAUGACACUAACUGUACGGAAAGAGAGACACUAACAGAGUUAAUUAAUAUAUCGAGACCUAUGUAGCACAGGGCCCUUUGCACUUCUCCGCUAUUUAAAAGUAUUAAUUAAUGAACCAUAUGUAAAGCUAAGAUUUUAGCACAGGGCCGCUGGAGGGGCAGAUUUUGCACAAGGGUGAACUGAGCUGCCCUCUUGACCUUCCUCUCCACCCCCCCAGACAGGGAUUCCCUCCCGCCUUUCAGCUGCGCUGCCCUGGACUUGACUCGAUCUGUCUUGACCGUCAUCUGCCCCACAGCAAUUUCAAGAAGAGAGUGUAUGGAAUCCCUUUUGCACAGGGGAAAUGACCCCCCCUUUAAAAAGGAACCCCUCUCCGGUUCUCCCUUGCCGUUUUUAAAUUCUAUUUUAGUACCAUUUUCGUGUGUGUUUUGCACAAGACGUCCCCCUCCUUCUGCUUACGUGAGGAAACAUCCAGGAGACGGUCCCUUCAGCCUGAACCGCAGAACCUUGCUCCCGUGCCCCCUCCCAGCGGAUCCCCAGAGAGAUGCCCCUUGCUGCUCGUGAUCCAGCGAGAUACUGCCCAGGAGCUCCCGCCAUCCUCCUGCCAUGUCCUCUCUCGGCGUGGGAGCUCCGACAGCGGCCGGCCUGCCUGCUCCGUGCGGCCCAGCCUCGCAAGCCCACCCGACUGCUUCUCUGCAGAGCAGCCGUUUCUUUGAACUGCUGGGCCUCGUUCCCCACCUGCCUCUUCGGUUCGCCUGCCCUUUUCUCCUAAGGAACCGCUUCUGGACUGGAUCUCAUUGCUGGGCCACCUAGAUGCCUCCCAGCCUGGACCGCCCGUCCGCCUCCCCCGCAGCUUCCCCUUUUCCCCUGCUCUGCCCUCCCGAUGGGAGCACGUCGGGGUACGUGGGCCGGCCCUCCCAGCCUGUGCUCCAGCUGCCUGCACAUUCUGAAGGCCACUUGUCCAGACCGAGCGGCAAAUCCGAGACCAGAACAGUCGCACCCCUUGCCAGUUUAGGCCUGAGUCGAGGCCCUUUCGUGGAGCUUCCCCACUGAAGCUGGAGCAGCAGCAGCAGCAGCAGAGCCUUCCUGAAAAACGCGCAGAAAUGAUUGGGGUGCUACCGUUGGACAUUUCACCGGAAGAAAGCAGAGGAAGCACUUGGUGGCCCAGCCGAGUCGUUGCAGCAGCUCACUGAGCCCGGUUUGUGCGUGCUUCGCGGGACAACCCGCCCCCACCUGCAGCCCUCAUGGCUCCUGGGGCCGAGCCACACCUGCCCGAGGGCUUGGCAGCGCCCGCUUUGGCCCCAGGCCUUCCCCCUCGCUGGACUCGCCCGCCCAGGAAAGGCCCCGGACCAGCAGGGGCGCCCUCUGCGCAGCACCCUCUCUCACUGUGGACCCGUUCCCGGCUCCGUCAUGCGGACACGGACCCCGCUAUCCUUGCGCAGCAGGGCCGGUGGGCCUCCCUCCCCGAGGACGCUGCAGCACCGCGGGACUGGCUCCCCCCCCCCGGAACAAAAGCCAUACUGGGUCCAGAGCCACUGCGCCCAAGUGAGUCGCCGCCGCUUCACCCCCGCCUGGGGGAGCAAGCCGCCUCCCUUCGGGCCUGCCCGACCCUCUCCACCAGGACCACGGACCAGCACUGGGCUUGCGCGUGCCCCCCCCCCCCCGAAUCCUGUCUCCUCCAGCUGCAUGUCACCCUCGCACUCUCUCUGGCCCCCCCCGCGGCCUUGCCUGCCAGCUGGUGUCUGGCAGCCCCCCCUCCGCCCGAGUCCGCAGAAGAACACGCCUGGAAGCUGCCGACGCUCCCCCUGUGCCUUCGUCACUUUACUACCUGCUCUAAACGUUUGUUACUGUUGUGUCUGGAAAAGUGUUUAAAUUAUAGAAUCGUGAACUCCUAUUUAUACUAAAGAGACCGUUUUCACAGCA